AUGGCAUCAACAACAAAACCAGACUCCGACGUUAAGGUCACUCUUUACUGGCUAGAGCGAUCGCGAGCUCAAUCCAUCGUCUGGAUCCUCGAAGCUCUCUCCGUGCCCUACGAACUGAAAACAUUCAAAAGAACCGCCGAACAACUGGCACCCCCCGAACUCCUCGCUAUCCACCCGCUGGGGAAAUCACCAGUGAUUAGCGUGGAGCGUCCCGAGUACUCGAAGCCGCUGGUUGUGGCCGAGUCGGCCGUAAUUGUUGAGUAUCUGCUCGAUCAUUUCGGCGGCGAAGAAAAAGGGCUGGCCCCCAAGCGAUUUGCAAGCGAGGAAGAUGCCGCCAAGAACCUGGAGACAGAGACCUGGCUGAGGUAUAGAUAUUAUAUGUAUUAUAUUGAAGGGAGCUUGAUGCCGCAAUUGGUGUUUUCUUUGAUUGUUGAUGGCGUCCGCAAGGCCCCCGUCCCAUUCUUCAUCAAGCCCAUCACGCGUACAGUGGCCGACAAAAUCCAGAGCAGUUGGCUGGACAAGCAGUUUGCAGUGCAUUUCCCAUUCCUAGAAAGCCAACUCAAGACCGCCCCCGGCACAAGUGAGACAGAGAAAGGGGGACUGUGUGGGCCUCAAUUCACUGCCGCCGAUAUUCUGAUGAGUUUCCCCAUCAUGGCGGCUACGCAGAAGGGGGUGAUUACCAAGGAUAAGUUCCCUGAGAUUGUGGCUUUUGCCGAGCGUAUUGCAAAGGAUCCGGGGUAUCAGAACGCUGUGAAGAAGAUUGAGGAGAUCGAGGGGAAGCCAUAUGUUGUAGCGUGA